ACAACGACCUCCCCCCCCCCCGCUUUUCCUUAAGAGAAGCGUUUUACAAACAUUUUAAAAGUCAAAUUCACAAUUCUUCUUCAUUAGAUUUUUUAUAAACCAUUAUUCGAUCUUUUAGUUUUUAAUUUAACAUUUUCCUAAAUUAGUAUAUACAGUGCUAGUCUUUUUAUCUACGACGUUACCCACUUUUAUUUUUUUAAAUUCUAAUAAAAAAAAUGUUUCGAUAGAGUACUCUUAUCAUUUAUAAUAUACCUUACUUAAUGCGAAUUCUACAUAAUUGUUUCAAAAACCCAAAAUCAUUAAAACCCUUAUGAAUUUUUUUCUCAAAGCCAGUAUUUAAAGUAACGACAUUCAAGCAAAAAAAGUAAAAAUAAAAUCUUUGUUUUUUGCUGGGUGCUAGUUUAGUCUCAAACAUACAUGUAUUUGAGGUACUUAAAUGUUUUUUCUUUUGAACAGGUAAAUAAAAUUCUUUAAAUCUUUUUCCUAUUAAGCAUUAAGACGUACUUUUAAAAUCUAUUUUGUUUGUAAUCACGACAUUGAGGCAGUAUCAUUACUUUUCAUCUUUAUUAGAAAAAACACAGAAAAACGUAGAGACAGAUCCAGUGAAAAAUAAAGAAUCAAAAUUUCAUGGAAAAAAAUGUUUUUGUAGACUAGAAACCAAGUGAACAAUCUAAUUCUGGGACAUUUUUUUAAAAAUAACUACAAGUAUUGACUUUUCAUUGGUUUUUUCCAAAUAAUCAAGAGCUGUUGUAAAUUUUUUUUCCUAUGCAACAUUCACCAAGUUACGGUAACGACUUCCCCCAUUCAUCAUUUUUAAUUCCGUCUUUGUCGGAACAUAAAUCUCUAGUGCAACCGAAUGCGCGUUUAUCCAAUAAAUGGCAGAAAAUUGAAACUGUCAAUAUUAGCAACACACCAUUGGAAUCUACCGCAGAAUACUACGCUUUAUUUAAAAAUGAAACAAAAGCAUACGGACGCACGGUUUCAAAAUCAGUAACCUACUUGGAUAAUUUUCUUGGAUCGACGGGCUACAUCUCUGCACAAACCAGUAAAGGAAUAGAAAAACCAAACGACUCCUAUUCACAAAAUCUAAAACGUUUUUCAAACGAUACAAAAAAAGUAAAUUAUAUUAGUGCCCGCAAGUUUCAGAAUUCAAAAAAGUUGGAAAAUCCCACAGAUACCGAAAAAAAAAAUUGUCGUCCAUUAGCAAAACAUAAUAACGCAGUUCCUCUUAAGCAAGUAACAAAUUGUCGUUCGGGAAAAAAAAUAAAAGAAACGCUAGCAUCUAAAUUAAAUCCGAAUACAGUAAUUGAAGCAGUUCGUAGUUUACAUGUUGACCGCAUUCGACCGUAUCUUGUUGAUAUAUUACAGCGAGUGAAACUUUUUAUGAAAAUGUUCAUUUCAAAAGCCGAAAACGAUGUUAAUAUGGGCGAUUUCACUCAACAAUUACAAUCUCUUGAUAUUUUUUGUAUUUACACGUGUAUUGUAGAGCAUUGUUCAAAAGAAAUACAAUUACUCUUUACCAAUUCCGAAGGUGUUAAAACUAUUUAUAAUACGGAUAUAGCCAAACAAUUUAAAGAUAAAUCUUAUGUAACAUCACCGAAAAAAAGAAAUGUUUUAUGUACAUCACUACUAUCCAAAAUCGAGGGUCAGCUUAUAAGUCCGGAUUUCGAUGUAUUACCACCUGUGGAUCCAACGUCUUUAGAAAAUCCAUACUCGUUAGAUGUUUGGCGAAAUUUUUUUUCAUUUUUAGUGGAACGAUUAGCCGCAGAUAAAUGUUUAAAUGUUGAUGAGCGCAGAGGUUUGUUACCUUAUCAGUUUAAAGGAGGGCGGUACGGUAUGGCAGUGGAGUUGAAAAGUAGUGCUAAUACUUCUGAAUUACAAAAUCUUUCACUGGGAGAGCUCUGUCAUGUUGUUCAAUUGGCUAUUAAUGGACGUCUUUUAGCCUACGAAAAAAGUGUCCUUCAACCUGUGGCAUCGUGCGCAGAAUUAUCUUGUGUAUUACUUCGCUUAAGUUGGCCAAGACCUUUACUUCAUAACACACAGAAAAAAACUGUUUGGUGCGAAGAUCAAGAUGUUUCUACAAACUAUCAAACGACUUUGUCUAGCAAUGAAAACCUUGAUGAAAGCCAUUAUAAACCGAAUUGUUUUGAAACAAUCGAGCAACUGGCUUGUUGCCUUGUUGAUUUAUUUGAGGCAAAGCCUGAGGGUUGUGUUAUUGCUCAACUUAAGCGGAUACUCUAUAUUCGGUAUGGAAAAGAAAUUUUACCAGAGAAAUUUGGCUAUCGUAAACUAACAGAAUGUUUAAAAUUUGAUCCAAUAAUUUCUUCAUUAUGUACAAUUGUUUCCAUGGAUUCAUCGGUGCAUCGUCUUGUUGUAGUUCCAAAUAAAAAUUUUUUCAAUAAAACGUUAACGAAUAGCCCUGUAUCUUUUUCUACUAUGGCAUCAUCCCACUCUAGCUUCCCACUCGAUUAUGGAAGUCCUUUACUUACAAAACCUUUAUCUUCUUCUACUGUAUCGUUACCGAGCGAAUUAAUUGAGCCACCGCAAAUGUCACUAAAUAUUACCUAUAAUGCAUGGAAAUUUUUUUCUACAUAUUUAACACUACAAGAGCAGGAAAAUCAUGAAGGGUUGUUAAACAUUCAAAAUUAUGAGUUUAAAACAUCUUUAAUCAAUUAGUCAUCUAGAUGAAAAUAAUGCUUCUAAUUUAAAAAAAAUAUACCACCAUGUGAUUAAUCCCAUACCAAUUCUUUCCUAACCAUACUAAUUUAUUUUUAAGGGUCGUUUCAUGCAUGUUAUAUUUUUUUAAAAAAUUAUGGAAUAGAAAAGUUGCUUAAAAAGUACACAUCUUUA